UGCUUGGGCCUCCUGCCUCAGGUAACCAUGUGCAACUGAAAGGCGGUGAUCAAAAAUGCCGAUAUGUCGGAGGAGAUGCAACAGGACUCCGUGGAAUGUGCUACUCAGGCGUUGGAGAAAUAUAACAUAGAAAAGGACAUUGCGGCCCAUAGUAAGAAGGAGUUUGACAAGAAGUACAACCCCACCUGGCACUGCAUCGUGGGAAGGAACUUCGGUAGUUACGUGACACAUGAAACCAAACACUUCAUCUACUUCUACCUGGGCCAGGUGGCCAUUCUUCUGUUCAACUCGGGUUAAAAGCAUGGACUGUACUACACACCAAGUGAUCCAUCCAAAAAUAAGGACUGCAGCCUAAAUUCCAAAU